AGGAUAUAGAGCACAAAGGGGUAAGCAACCGCAUGCUGCGAGAGCUAGGGUGGGUGGUAGUAGUGCGUGGAAACCGAGAUAGUCCACGAAAUAGUGAAUUAUCCCUCCGCAGUGUGGAAGACUUACUGCAGAUGCGCAAUAAGUUAAUGUCUCUUCGGAAAACUCCAGCAGGGCUGAUUGGGAUGAUAUUCCACAGUUACGAUAGCAUAUGGGUUGAGCGUUGCUCAGGUAUUAUUAGGGAGAGAUGAUAGUAAGAUCUAUGAAAUGAUUAGCGUAGCCACAGUGUAAACCUAUAGGUGGGAGAUGGCCGAAGGGAAG